GGCGGCAGAGGAGACUCGGGGGCCAUUUUGUGAAGAGACGAAGGUUGAGUGGUUGCGACCGCGUUGCCGACCUCGGGGAGCAGUCGGCUUCUUCACGUACAACCCGGGAGUAGGAGAUUCAGAAUCGAAUCUCUUCUCCUUCCCCCUUCGGGUUACAAAUCACUUGAAAUAUAUAAGUUAGUGGAACUUUGCUUGAGGGCAGCAAGGCGAACCCCAUCCCUACUCACUGGAGCUCAGCUUUGAUUUUUAACCUCCCUUCCCCACCCUUCCAGAACACACACAUUCCCAUUCCAAAACUGAUUUUAUAAAGACAUUUUAAACAUAAUGCAACUUGGUGUGCACUACAGCAAAUUUACAGUGAGAUUUUUUUGAUCUUCAGCUACAUUUUUUUGGCUUUGUGAGGAACCUUAUCUUCAAAGACAAUGGCCAGCAAUGUUACCAACAAGACAGAUCCUCGCUCCAUGAACUCCCGUGUAUUCAUUGGAAAUCUCAAUACUCUUGUGGUCAAGAAAUCUGAUGUGGAGGCAAUCUUCUCAAAAUAUGGCAAAAUUGUGGGUUGCUCUGUUCAUAAGGGCUUUGCCUUUGUUCAGUAUGUUAAUGAGAGAAAUGCCCGGGCUGCUGUGGCAGGAGAGGAUGGCAGAAUGAUUGCUGGCCAGGUUUUAGAUAUUAAUCUGGCUGCAGAGCCAAAAGUGAACCGAGGAAAAGCAGGUGUGAAACGAUCUGCAGCGGAGAUGUACGGGUCAGUACCAGAACACCCUUCUCCGUCCCCUCUACUCAGCUCCUCUUUUGACUUGGACUAUGACUUUCAACGGGAUUAUUAUGACAGGAUGUACAGUUACCCAGCACGUGUUCCUCCUCCUCCUCCUAUUGCUCGGGCUGUAGUGCCCUCCAAACGCCAGCGUGUCUCAGGAAACACCUCACGGAGGGGCAAAAGUGGCUUCAAUUCUAAGAGUGGACAGCGAGGAUCUUCUUCCAAGUCUGGAAAGUUGAAAGGAGAUGACCUUCAGACCAUUAAGAAGGAAUUGACCCAGAUAAAACAAAAAGUGGAUUCUCUACUGGAAAGCCUGGAAAAAAUUGAAAAGGAACAGAGCAAACAAGGAGUAGAGAUGAAGAAUGAUAAGUCAGAAGAGGAGCAGAGCAGCAGCUCCCUGAAGAAAGAUGAGACUAAUGUGAAGAUGGAGUCUGAGGGGGGUGCAGAUGACUCUGCUGAGGAGGGGGACCUACUGGAUGAUGAUGAUAAUGAAGAUCGGGGGGAUGACCAGCUGGAGUUGAUCAAGGAUGAUGAAAAAGAGGCUGAGGAAGGAGAGGAUGACAGAGACAGCGCCAAUGGCGAGGAUGACUCUUAAGCACAUAGUGGGGUUUAGAAAUCUUGUCCCAUUAUUUCUUUACCUAGGCGCUUGUCUAAGAUCAAAA